AUGAAUCCGCUGCCGAACCAGGACACCCCUUCUUCGCCUCGACCGACCAACAGCAACGACGUCGCGCCUGCGUCCGGUGAAGAAGAUGGCGACCUUUUUGGAAGUGCGGAAGAUCUUUCUCUUUCAAGCGUCGGAGGAGAGGAUGUUCCCUCCUGGGCGCUCGACCUGGACCUCACAGCGGACAUCGACGCGGCGAAAGCAAGGGAAAAAGCCAAGAAUGAGACGUGCAAACCUGCGGCUUCGAGAACAUCCGGUACUGGCGGCAGGAGCACUGGACAUGCCAGAUCACAAGACACCAAGCCGAUCUCCAUGCACAAGAGAAGGUUCAGCAGCGUCGAGGACAUCGAGCUGGGUCGAGCGAUUGCAGAACAGACGGGAGAGCUAAAGGGUCAAGUCUGGAAGAAGAUCGCCUUGUCGCUCCCAGGUAGAAGCGCCAGGCAAUGUCGCGAUCGCUGGUUCAACUACCUGGACCCGAACCUGGAAACGACCCCUUGGUCCACGCAAGAGUUUCGACUACUGUACCUCGCCCAGGAUGGAGGCUUCAUCGCUGUCCAACAAGAAUCGCUCGGAGAACUUGGCCAGGAAUCAACCAAGCAAAGGGAAGCAGAAAUUGCGAACCCCGGUCGGGUUCGCGUCAAGAUGCCGAGCAAGGAAAAGCUCGUACCAUCAAGCAACUCCGGUGGCGGAACAUCUACCAUGGACCACGGUGGGGCGUUCAGUGGGAACCUAGAGGGACUCUCAAGCACCCGAGACUUGCACUCCAGCCAGACGAGGGUCAUCCUAGUGGUCUGGACGAAAGAGGAAGACGCGAUAUUGGCCAAACUUGUGAAGGCGAACAGCGAGAAAAAUUGGGCUCAGAUUGCUGCAGAUCUUAGCGGUGCCCUGCUCACAUCCCACCAACAACGAGAGGCCGAGGGCCAAUCGUCAGGUCGGACCGAUGUUUUCGCGACCAGGACUGGUCGUCAAUGCUUCGAGAGGUGGACGACGCACUUGGCGGCUGGGGUACGGAAACAUCCCUGGAUGGAGUCCGAAGACCACAAGUUACGGCAAGCCGUGCGAAACGCACCCAAGAAAGUUUCUACGGAUGGGUUCUGGAGAGAGGUGGCUGAGACGAUCGCCAGUCGGACGGCCCGGGAAUGUCAACACCGCUGGUUGUCCAUCCGGCAGGUUCCCUGGACGGAUAGAGAGCGGGAAAUUAUUUUCCACGCACAGAAACACCUGGGUUCUUGCUGGAACGAUAUCAGCAAGUACUUCGUGGAUCGCACGCCAAACGAGGUCGAAACCACGUUCUGCACAUGCGAUGACUUCAAGAAGUGGCAGGAAUCCAACCGUGUGGUUGUGUCUGAGAACUUCUCCGCGCAGUUCAUGAAUCGGCUGAAUGAUCCACUCCCGGAAACGGCUGGAAGCACGAAGUCCAUGAAGAGUAUUGUGCCUUCGGCCAACAACUGCUUGGACGCUGUUCUUUACGAUCGAUUUGUUCGGCAGCAGCAUGACGGAGAUGUGUAA